AUGACGUACCCUCCAGAAGAACCACAAAACAAUGCAAUUAUCAACAGUGAUGUUGGUACAGACAAAAGGCUGUUUCGCAAACCAGUAGACUCUAGCAACCAAGAGAACAUUAACUCUGUUAUCAAAAACGGAUAUGUUAUUCUUGAAAAUCUCUUCACAGACAUCGAGGUUGAACAAGCCUGUGAAGAGUUGAAGCAUCUUGCCGAAUCAUCUGCAGCAGGUCCAGCCAGUAGUGGUGGACGUAAUAAAUUCGAAGGGUUUCUAACGAAUCGAAUCUAUGCCCUGCUUAACAAGUCGAGGAUAUUCGAUAAAUUUGUCACGCACCCCCAGGUCGUUGCCUUGAACGACUACUUCCUUGAUCCUGGAUGGCUGUUGAGUGUAAUGCUAAGCAUUUAUAUCCAGCCAGGUGAGGAUCCACAGACUCUUCAUCACGACGAUGGUUAUAUCACAGUUCCUCGACCUCAUCGACCGUUUGGAACUGCUAUCAUGGUUGCACUUGAUGCAUAUACUGAAGAUAAUGGUGCAACUGUUAUCGUGCCAAAGUCUCACGAGUGGGGACACGAUCGUAUUCCAACCCGUUCUGAAGCUAUCCCUGUUGUGAUGCCAAAGGGAAGUGUUGUUUUCUUCUUGGGCACGCUCUGGCAUGGCGGUGGUCAAAAUCAGUCGGAACACGAACGCCGCGCACUCACCGUCCAGUAUUGUCAGCCUUGGGUCCGUCCCAUUGAAAAUCAGAUUCUUGCCGUCGACUUCGAAAAACUUUCCCAGAUCCCCAAGCAGAUCGUUGACAUGUUGGGCUAUGAAGUUUGUAAGCCUUUCAUCGGUUUUGUUAACGGUCAAAGUCCUCUUAAAGCGGCCCAGAGGUAUAUAAAGCGACGGGAAGAAAUUGAAGCUAAAAGUAGUAAACUCUAA